CUCGCGGCAGCCGUCAGUGGCCGCAGGGCGCGCCUCGGAUGCAGGUUGGACGUCCGAGACUUCAUGGACUGUGUCGCAAUGCAGCUGUAGAAGGAAGCUGAAACAGUCAACGCUGAAAUCAACUUCAGUCACGUUGCCGAAUACUUAGAGCGGUGUGUCGUGUGUCGCAGGAGCAGCGCGGAGCAGGGCAGCAGCAUGGGGCCCUCCGAGUCUCAGGAGCAGCUGCUGGGCAGCAACAGCUCGCUGGGCAGGGAGUCGGUGGCGCUGCAGCCGCCGCCGGAGGCCGCGCUCACCUCCGUCGAGAAGAAGUUCCUGCUGUUCGCCGAGCGCGGAGACUGCGCCACCGUCAGGAGACUGCUGGAUGAAUACAAGGAACAGCCAGAGAUCCUCAACAUCAACUGUGUCGAUCCUCUCAACCGGUCGGCGCUCAUCGCAGCUAUCGAGAAUGAGAACAUCGAACUUAUCCGCAUACUUCUGGAUCGAAAUAUCAGAGUCAAGGAUGCGCUGCUGCACGCCAUUAAGGAAGAGUACGUGGAGGCCGUGGAGAUGUUGCUGGAGUGGGAGGAGAUGAUCCAUAAACCCGGAGAACCCUAUAGCUGGGAAGCAGUGGACCGCUCCUCGUCGACCUUCACGCCCGACAUCACGCCACUCAUCCUGGCGGCGCACAUGAACAACUACGAGAUCCUCAAGAUCCUGCUGGACCGCGGCGCCACGCUGCCCAUGCCUCAUGACGUCAGGUGCGGCUGCGACGAGUGCGUGGUGUCGAGCGAGGCGGACUCGCUGCGUCACUCGCAGGCGCGCAUCAACGCGUACCGCGCUCUCACCGCCAGCUCGCUGAUCGCGCUCUCCUCCCGGGACCCGCUGCUCACCGCCUUCGAGCUCUCCUGGGAGGUGCGGCGCCUCUCCCGCAUGGAGAACGAGUUCCGCGACGAGUACAACGAGAUGCGGCAGAACGUGCAGGAGUUCGCCACGUCGCUGCUGGACCACGCGCGCACCUCUCUGGAGCUGGAGAUCAUGCUGAACCACAACCCUGGAGGGGAGAGUUGGGAGCCGGGCGAGAGGCAGACCCUGGAGAGGCUCAAGCUGGCCAUCAAGUACAAGCAGAAGAAGUUCGUGGCGCACCCGAACGUGCAGCAGCUGCUGGCGGCCAUCUGGUACGAGGGCCUGCCCGGCUUCCGGCGGAAGAGCAUGGUGGGCCAGCUGUUCGAGGUGGCCAAGCUGGGCUCCAUGUUCCCCGUCUACAGCAUGAUCUACAUGAUCGCACCCAACUCCAAGAUGGGCCUCUUCAUGAAGAAACCCUUUGUCAAGUUCAUCAUACACUCCGCCUCCUACGCGUUCUUCCUUUCACUGCUGGGGCUGGCGUCGCAGCGCGUGGAGUUCAUGCUGAUCGAGUGGUUCGGCAACGACUGGCUGCGCUCCAUCCUGGCAGAGUGGAAGCGCAAGGAGCGCGGAUCGCUCCCGGGGCUCGUCGAGUUCGUCAUCAUCAUCUACGUCUUCAGUCUCAUGUGGUGCGAAAUAAGGUCGCUGUGGGGCGGCGGGCUGUUGGAGUACAUAACGGACCUCUGGAACAUCGUCGAUUUCAUCACCAACAUUUUCUACAUGCUGUGGAUAGCUCUCCGCUUCACUUCGUGGUACAUCGUGCAGCGGGAGUACAGCCAGGGCAUGGAGCCGUGGUACCCUCGCGAGAAGUGGCACCCCUUCGACCCCAUGCUGCUGUCCGAGGGCGCGUUCGCCGCUGGAAUGAUAUUCAGUUUCCUGAAGUUGGUGCACAUCUUCAGCGUCAACCCGCACCUGGGGCCUUUGCAGAUCUCAUUGGGCCGUAUGAUCAUAGACAUCAUCAAGUUCUUCUUCAUCUACACGCUGGUGCUGUUUGCCUUUGGGUGUGGUAUGAACCAGCUGCUGUGGUACUACGCGGACCUGGAGAAAGCAAAGUGUUACCACCUGCCCAGCGGACUGCCGGACUUUGAUAACGAAGAGAAGGCUUGUGCCAUAUGGAGGAGAUUUACCAAUCUGUUCGAGACGUCACAGUCACUCUUCUGGGCAAGUUUUGGAUUGGUUGACCUGAUGAACUUCGAGCUGGUCGGCAUCAAAAGUUUCACGAGAUUCUGGGCCCUGCUGAUGUUUGGUUCGUACUCUGUCAUCAACAUCAUCGUGCUGCUCAACAUGCUCAUCGCUAUGAUGUCCAACUCCUACCAGAUCAUUUCGGAACGCGCGGACACGGAGUGGAAGUUCGCCCGCAGCCACUUGUGGAUCAGCUACUUCGAGGAGGGCGACACGGUGCCGCCGCCCUUCAACCUGGUGCCCACCACCAAGAGCCUCGCCAAGGUGUUCGGCUGCGGCUCCGGCAAGCGCCUGUCCACGUCCACCAAGAAAAAGUCCCGGGAGAAGGCGCUGGAGCGGCACGACACGGUGAUGCACCUGCUGGUGCGCCGCUACGUCACGGCCGAGCAGCGCAAGCGCGACGACUUCGGCAUCACCGAGGACGACGUCAUCGAGAUCCGCCAGGACAUCUCCACUCUGCGCUACGACCUCAUCGACAUCCUGCGCACCAACGGCAUGACGACGCCCAACGUCGACAUGCAGGAGUCAGCAGUGGGCAAGAAGGGUCGCGUCAUGGAGCGCCGGCUGCUCAAGGACUUCCAGAUCGGCUUCGUGGAGGGCAUCGUGAGUGACGCCAUCCGCAAGGGCCCUGGAGGACCAAAGGACGUGUUCAGCAAGAUCGCCAAGGCCAUCGGGAAGCGAACCAGCUCCAAGAAGAAGGACUGGAACGCCAUGGUGCGCAAGAACACCGUGGCGCGAGACCCCAUCGGUUCCACGACGGAAGCGCAGACACGCCGCAGCAGCCGCCAGAGUUUACGCAGGUACAUCAUCGAGAAGCAGAAGGAGGGCCUCGACCCCGAGAAGCUGCUGGAGUACAACCCGCGGCUGUCGACGCUGACGCCGUCGGCGCGCGUCGCCUACGCCAAGUUCAAGAUCAGCAAGAUCCGCCAGGAGUACGACUCGGGCGCGCGCGGCAGCGUCAGCAGCGACACGGCGCGCGCCACCGUCGAGGACGAGGUGCGCGGCUCCGACGACGUGUUCGACGGCCCGAUCAGAGGGCCGACCGCCAACGCCAGGCCCUCGGGGGGCGCCCCCUCCAAUGCUGCCAACCGCUGGGCGCGCGCCGGCGCCAAGAUCGCUUCCAACGCUGGCAACCCGCCGGCCGCCGCCCAGAGGCCCCGGCCGCGACCCGCGCUGCAGGCCAACAACGUGGCCAAGCCGGCGCCGCCCACGCCGUCGCCGCCGCCGCCCCCGCCGUCGACGCCGUCCCCGGAGCCGCCGGCGGUGCCGCCGCGCGACUUCCGGUCUCGCACGCCCAUCCCCGAGGAGGAGGAGAGCUCGCCGCGCGGCCCCACGCCCACCUCGCCGCCACACAUCGUCCUCGAGCGGCCGACGCCGUCGCCGUCCCCGCCGCCCGACGCCUCAGCCAAAGGUUCGCCCGCUUCGUCAAGGUCUUCAUCAACCUCCUCUCGCGGCAGCGCCUCUGGAGGUGCCGGUACCAACAAAGAAGCGAGUGCGCCCAAGAAGUCUGGGGAAGCUGGCCCCGCGAAGGACGAGGAGGAGAAAGAGAAGAAGGAAGGAGGUGCAAAGGACAGCGGGAAGGAGGAGCGCGAGGACGGCUCGGCGCCGACGCCUUCCCCUCGGGCCUACAAGCCCGGCGGGAAGUCCAAAGUGACGGGGCAGACCCUCACCGGCUGGCUGUAGGCGCACGCUAGACGCUACACACUACACACUACACUCACUGCCCUCGUCAUGGGGACUUUCUGCGGGUCUGGGCUAGGUAGAUCUCAUAUGGGCUCAUUCCACGUUUCGAGAUAACCACCCCGUACGAGAAGAGUACUGCUCUGAGAAAAGAGGUCGAUGAGAGUUCCUUGAAGUAAUAUGUGCUACAUACUAAUUUAAUUUUUCAUACAUCUAUUUUAUCACAAACCAAGGGUGUACUUACCCAUGGAUCAAAUGAACUUUGUAACCUUUGGGUCCAAUGAACUGCCUUCCUUCUAACAUUUCUUACCUAUUUCGUGUAAUUUUAACUUAUAAUCCCUUAAUCAGGCAUAAUACUUAAUAACUUAUUCUGCAAGCGAUUCUCAUAAGAAUAUUUUCAUCCACUUGUCUAGAAGAGACGGGCAAGGAUGUAGCCCAAGAUAUCAUCACAUUUCCACUACCAGCCAGACGUCGACGUAUAUAUCUUGAUGCAGCAGAGGGCAUGAAAAAGCAAGUACUGCAUUGACUGCACUUCGAAAUCUGUGUCGAUCCCUUGUGGCUACAGGCAGAUAAGGGGACACAGUCAUUAGACAUAGCACUCUGUUGCUUUCUUCAGCGUCCUUUGGCCUGGCACUCUUGUCGAAUAGGUAGAAUUAGUCAUUAGAAGGCCACCAUAAUGUAAACCCAUUGAAGAGGCUUUUUAGUUAGAACAAACAUUCCGAAAUAUAGUUCCCUCUCUCUCUCUCUCAGCGUGCGCGCGCGCGCGCGUGUGUGUGUGUGUGUGUGUGUGAGAGAGAGAGAGAGAGAGAGAGAGAGAAAUUUUGUGUACGUGUGUGCUUGGAGGAGAGACAAGAGAGAAGAGAGAAAAAGCGUUCCUUAAUCUCCCGUCAUCAGUAAAUGAGGAUAGUACAGUUACUCCCGUAUGAAACGGAAUAAGACAUAGAACUUUGGUUGUAAUUCGUGAAAUGUGUGGAACGCCCAGGUGGCAGGAAUUGUCUUCGCUUCUUGUAUGCCACCAUAGCAAAACGUUUAACAUCAGCGCCAACACACAUUUAAGAGUUCAUGAAUUACGGGUACCACUUUUCAGCGAAAUUUACAGAAGUUACAGUUGGCCCUUAACUGACAAUAACCAUUUUUGAAAAAAAUAAUAAUCCAUCUAAUAAUAACAUACAUUAGAUAUAGCACAUAGUUGACCUCUUUGGAAACAUUAUUAUAAUAAUGCCAGUAUCCCCAUAUCAAGUAAAGCUGAUUGCCAUUACGUUUUUAUGAGAAACUGCUUUCUAUUCUUAGCAUUUCCUUAAAUUUUGAGUUCUUCACUUUUAAUACGAAUCGCCGUAUGCUUUUAUGGUAUUUGUAAAUAUUUAAAAUUAUAUGAAGCAACAUAAACCUUAUCAGCUCCGUCCAUAACAGUCUCCGCUAUUUUUAUGCUCUACUAGGGCUUUUCAUUCACCAAAACGUCUAAUUUCCGUAAUUGGGCAGUGAAAUAGACUUGUGUCGACGACAACAGGACGUGGCUGGUACCUCAAUCAUUCCUCCAACUGUUUUUCUCACUGUCUCUUUUUAACAUACGGGUAAUGAAAUAAAUAAAUUUUGAUAAAUCCUUCAGAAAUAGCUGACAUAAGAUUGUGUUGGUUUGUCUAUUUUCAGUCCUAAUAAGUACCCAGAAACAAAGUUCUUAACAAAAAUCAAUAAAUUUUGAUCACUUACACUUCAAGAAUUAUUACUAUGCCAUCUUUGUUAAAACAUGUAUAUUGAUUAUGCAAUAAAAUGUGUUUACCAUAAA